CAUAGAACCCCACCCACACAUACAUUGACAAAAACCUCAAAAGCUGACAAGAUGCCUUCCGAUUCCCAAGAUCAGCCAAAACAAGUUGCUGCAUUGCUGGGAGGUCAACGCAAAGUUGACGUAUACGAAGCUACGGGUGGUGCCGUGACUUCCCAGUUCGCAGCACACAACCUCUCGGUCCUCCCACCCGUACCUCCAAAUGCCAUCAUUCACGACAACGCCUGUGGUGCCGGAACAGUAUCUCGUCUAAUUCUCUCCUCGAACACAUUGUCGGAUGUCAAGAUCUAUGCCACAGACAUCGACCAAGUUUUCCUCGACGCACUCCAAUCAGACAUCCAGAAGAACUUCUGGCCCAUCGAGGUAUCGAACCAGAGGUCUGAGAGUUUGUCGUUCCCAGACGACUACUUUACACAUUCAAUCAACAACAUUGGUAUCUUUUUCACUAGCUCAGCCGGUCUGGAUGGUGCCAAAGAAAUCUACCGCACACUGCAACCCGGCGGCACCGCAGUGGUAAACUGCUGGAAGGAUGUGACUUGGCUCCCGCCAUUCGCACUCGUGCAUCAAGCCCUCCGUCCAGGAAAGCCCUACCCAGCACCGCCUAUACUUUGGAAAGACGGCCAGCAGAUCCAGAAAGUGAUGUUGGAGGCGGGUUUUUCAAAGGAGAACAUGAGAGUAGAGAAGAGCGAGGCUUGGGCAAAAACUAAUGAUUUGAGAGAUUGGGCGGAGAAAUCUUGGGCGUAUCUGGGUGGCAUAGGCGGCUGGGCGGAGACGGAUGGCGAAAGUUGGGAUGAUGCGGUUGACCUGCUGAUGAAGUACCUUUUGGAGCAAGAGGGUACGAAGAGGGUUGGUGAGGAAGUUUGGAUGAGGGCCAGUCAGUGGGUGGUCAUUGCUACGAAGUGAUUCUAGGUGAGAUUAGGGGUGCUGGUAUCGUUGUAAGUGAUCACGAUCGUUGCAAUCGCUCAUAUGUCAACGGCUUUGAGAUAUAAUUGGGAGCUAUCGAGUCCAGACAUGUACUGUAGAGUUGCCAAUCAUUGCAAUACAUAAUCGCCGUUCAUCUUCAUCGUUAGACCUUUCCCCUCAUU